CGGGGCCGGCCCCCGGCAGGGCAAGGCUCGGCCCGGCAGCGGGCCUGGGCCGGACACGCCUCCGCCCUCGGUUCCCCCUUGUAUCCCUGAGCUCUGCAUAGCAGCCGCCUCCAGCCCAGAGCUCAGUGCUGCCGCCCUGCCUGCUCCCGGGGCACCUGAGCUUGGGGCUGCCAGUGACAGAGUGAAGGAGAAGCAGAUUGUUGAUAUUAUUGUUGGAAAAGAUGAGAAGGGCAGAAAAAUUCCAGAAUAUCUGAUUCAUUUUAAUGGUUGGAACAGAAGCUGGGAUAGAUGGGCAGCUGAAGAUCAUGUACUUCGUGAUACAGACGAAAACCGCAGAUUACAACGUAAAUUGGCAAGAAAAGCUGUAGCUCGCAUGAGAAGAAAGGGAAGGAAGAAGAGACGUUGUCGGUUGCCUGGUGUUGACUCUGUGUUAAAAAGCCUUCCAGCUGAGGAAAAUGAUGAAAGUAGUGAUAAUUCUAUAAGUAGUUCUUCUUCUGACGACAGUGAUGAAGGAACAGAUGAAGAAAUAAAAAGUGAAGAAAGUGACAUUGAAGAGAGGACAGAAAUGAAAGAAGAACAAGAGAUUCACACUAAAAGGGACAUGGAAGAAAGAGCAAUAAGCAUAGAAAUUCCUGAAGUCUUGAAAAAAAAGCUUGAAGAAGACUGUUAUUACAUUAACAGGAGGAAACGGCUAGUGAAAUUGCCUUGUCAGAGAAAUAUAAUAACUAUCUUGGAGUCGUAUGUGAAGCAUUUUGCCAUUAAUGCAGCAUUCUCAGCCAAUGAAAGAUCUCGGCACCAUCAAAUGACUUCACAUGUCAACAUGAACCUUCAUUAUGUCCCACCAGAGAAGAAUGUAGAGUUAUGUAAAGAAAUGGUGGAUGGACUAAGGAUAACCUUUGACUUCAUUCUUCCAUUGAUCUUGCUGUAUCCCUAUGAGCAAGCACAGUUCAAGAAGGUGACUUCAUCCAAAUUCUUUCUUCCAAUCAAAGAAAAUGCAGCAAAUACUAAUAGAAACCAGGAGGAGCUAUCCCCAAGCCCACCUCUGUUGAAUCCACCAACUCCUCAAUCCACAGACAGUCAGCCUACAACAGGGGAGCCAGCAACACCAAAGAGGCGAAAAGCUGAGCCUGAAGCAUUACAGUCUCUGAGGCGUUCUACACGUCAUACAUCGAACUGUGACAGGUUGUCAGAAAGUAGUGCAUCCCCACAACCUAAAAGACGGCAUCUUGAUACGCCUGCUUCAAUGCCUAAACUGUUUUUGCAUCUGGAAAAGAAAACACCAGUCCAUAGUGGGUCGUCAUCACCUAUCACUCUGACUCCUAGUAAAGAAGGUAGUGCAGUAUUUGCUGGCUUUGAAGGUAGAAGAAACAACGAAUUGAAUGAGGUGUUAUCUUGGAAACUCAUGCCAGAGAACUAUCCCCAAAGUGAUCACCCACCCCCUCCCUCGUACAUCUAUGGAUCUCAGCAUUUGUUGCGGAUGUUUGUUAAACUUCCAGAGAUACUAGGGAAGAUGUGCUUUCCUGACAAAAAUCUAAAAGCUUUGGUGAAGCAUUUUGAACUGUUCUUGAGGUUUCUCGCAGAAUACCAUGAUGACUUCUUCCCAGAGUCUGCUUAUGUAGCUGCAUGUGAGGCUUACUAUAGCACCAAGAAUCCUCGGGCAAUCUACUGAAGCUUUUAGAGAACAGUAACUCCUACUGUACAUAGCCCAUGGUGUAUUGCUACUUCACCUCAUAGCAACAAAAUGGAAUUUGAAUGUCCUUUUUCAGAUAGGAAAAAGGAAGUUGCUUCCAUGACUGCUGGAUUUGUUAGGAGAGAUGGACCACUUCUUGUUUCGGAGCUGUGCAAAUAUUAUAUUCUGAAUUUCUCCAAAUGCUGCUUGUAAGCUUCACUUCUAGAUGUAAGAAGAAGCCCUGCACUGAUUUCUAAUGCAUAGGACUGCAUAUAGUUCUUAAGAAGUGUGUGUAUGGGGGGGAAGCAGGUGCAUUAGCAGUGGGACAUUUUCAUGAAAACAAAUACCUCAUGCUGUCUUUCAUUUUAACAUGAACAGUUUUCAGCAUGGAAAGUAAAACUGGCUUUACUCUCAUGUAAGGAGAAUGACUGUUAUCCUAUGGAUUUCGUUUCUCACACAGAACCCACACUUCAUUUUGUGAAACGGUCAUGGCAGGAAAGAACGCUGCAUAUAGAGGAAGAAUUGCAUAGUUAUUGUAUUGGCAUGAUCUCUGCCUCAAGCAAGUAGAUUUCUGUGGCUUAAUGAAAAAGGUUGCUUGCUUUUAAUUUUAAAAGGUAUCCGUCUUCUUCCCAUGGUAGGUUGCCACAGUUACCAGUGCAGAUCUCACCAGUGAUUCAUCUUAUCCACGUUGGUAAAUGAUUCUUAAAGGCAUUAAAGAACAGGAUGUUCUUAACAGGUUCUCAGAGAGUGAGCAUAGAAUGUAUAAAGUGACGGCAAUUACUUUGACAAACUUUUUUCUUAAUAAAGAAACAGUGGUUGGUAA